CAGGAGGCUCGGUGCAGUGCCUCCUUUUAGGAGGUGGGGAGCCGGGGUUUCUGCUUGGGCUAGCCCGUGGGUCCUGUGUGCGAUCGCCACGUGGGAAAGGGUGUUGGAGGAGAAGGCGGAGUGGGUAUUCUAGCCGAUACUCCUUCGGAGGCUGCGUGGGGGCCAGCGUUGGAUUUACUGAAGGGUUCGGGUUUUCUGCGUGUGGCGCCAUGACAGAACGAAAGGGAACUGCUAAAGUCGACUUUUUGAAGAAGAUCGAAAGAGAAAUCCAGCAAAAAUGGGAUGCUGAAAAAGUAUUUGAGGCUAAUGCAUCUGAUCCUGGGAGCCUGACCAGUAAAGACAAGUAUUUUGUAACUUUCCCAUAUCCCUACAUGAAUGGACGUCUUCACUUGGGUCAUACAUUUUCAUUAUCUAAAUGUGAGUUUUCAGUAGGGUAUCAGAGACUAAAAGGAAAGAAAUGCUUGUUUCCCUUUGGUCUGCACUGCACUGGAAUGCCAAUUAAGGCAUGUGCUGAUAAGUUGAAAAGAGAAAUAGAGUUGUAUGGUUGCCCUCCUGAAUUUCCAGAUGAGGAAGAAGAAGAAGAAGACAUUACUACAAAAAAAGAAGAGAUCAUUAUCAAGGAUAAGGCAAAAGGAAAAAAGAGUAAAGCUGCUGCCAAGGCUGGGUCUUCCAAAUACCAGUGGGGAAUCAUGAAAUCUCUUGGCCUAUCUGAUGAAGAAAUAAUGAAAUUUUCUGAGGCUGAACAUUGGCUUGAUUAUUUUCCACCCUUGGCUAUUCAGGAUCUAAAGAAAAUGGGCCUGAAGGUGGACUGGCGACGUUCUUUCAUCACCACUGAUGUUAAUCCUUACUAUGAUUCCUUUGUUAAGUGGCAAUUUUUGACACUAAGGGAAAGAAACAAAAUAAAGUUUGGGAAGCGGUAUACAAUUUAUUCUCCAAAAGAUGGACAGCCUUGUAUGGACCAUGACAGACAAACUGGUGAGGGUGUUGGACCCCAAGAAUAUACAUUAAUAAAAAUGAAAGUGAUUGAGCCCUAUCCCUCUAAAUUAAGUGGCCUGAAAGGGAAGAACAUCUUUUUAGUAGCUGCUACUCUUAGACCUGAGACCAUGUUUGGACAAACUAACUGUUGGGUUCGCCCAGAUAUGAAAUACAUUGGAUUUGAGACUGCAAAUGGUGAUAUUUUCAUUUGUACCCAAAGAGCUGCUAGGAACAUGUCUUACCAGGGCUUUACCAAGGACAAUGGCGUAGUACCUGUUGUCAAGGAAUUGAUGGGCGAGGAGAUUAUUGGUGCAGCUCUUUCUGCACCUUUAACAUCCUUCAAGGUGAUCUAUACUCUUCCUAUGCUUACCAUUAAGGAGGACAAAGGGACUGGUGUUGUUACAAGUGUUCCUUCUGAUUCUCCAGAUGAUGUAGCUGCUUUCAGAGACUUGAAGAAAAAACAGGCAUUAAGAGCAAAGUAUGGAAUCAAAGAUGAAAUGGUUAUGCCUUUUGAGCCGGUGCCAAUCAUUGAAAUCCCAGGUAUUGGAAACCUUUCUGCUCCAAGCAUAUGUGAUGAAUUGAAAAUCCAGAGCCAGAAUGACCGAGAAAAACUUGCAGAGGCUAAGGAGCAAUUAUAUUUGAAAGGAUUUUAUGAAGGUAUAAUGUUAGUGGAUGGAUUCAAAGGGCAGAAGGUCCAAGAUGUCAAGAAAACUAUUCAGAAAAAGAUGAUUGACAAUGGGGAAGCACUUAUUUACAUGGAGCCAGAGAAACAAGUAAUUUCUAGAUCUUCUGAUGAAUGUGUUGUGGCUCUUUGCGACCAGUGGUACUUGGACUAUGGUGAGGAAACCUGGAAAAAACAGACCUCCCAGUGUUUGCGAGAUUUAGAGACCUUCUGUGAUGAGACCAGGAGGAAUUUCGAAGCUACUUUAGGUUGGCUACAGGAACAUGCUUGCUCAAGAACAUAUGGUUUAGGUACUCGCUUGCCUUGGGAUGAACAAUGGCUGAUUGAAUCGCUCUCUGAUUCUACCAUUUAUAUGGCGUAUUACACAGUUGCACACUUACUGCAAGGGGGCAACUUGCGUGGGCAGGAAGAAUCUCCAUUAGGCAUCAGAGCACAAGCGAUGACCAAGGAAGUUUGGGAUUAUAUUUUCUUCAAGGAGGCUCCAUUUCCUAAAACCCAGAUCCCAAAGGAAAAAUUAGAUAAAUUGAAGGACGAGUUUGAGUUCUGGUAUCCAGUGGAUCUUCGAGUGUCUGGCAAGGAUCUUGUUCCAAAUCAUCUUUCAUACUAUCUCUAUAAUCAUGUGGCCAUGUGGCCAGGACAAAGUGAUAAAUGGCCAAAAGCAGUGAGAGCAAAUGGACACCUUCUCCUGAAUUCUGAGAAGAUGUCUAAAUCCACAGGCAACUUUCUCACCCUGACCCAAGCUAUUGACAAGUUUUCAGCCGAUGGAAUGCGCCUAGCUCUGGCUGAUGCUGGUGACACUGUUGAAGAUGCUAAUUUUGUGGAAGCUAUGGCAGAUGCAGGUAUUCUCCGCCUUUACACCUGGGUGGAGUGGGUGAAGGAAAUGGUUGCCAAUUGGGACAGCCUAAGAAGUGGUCCUGCUAGCACUUUUAAUGAUCGAGUCUUUGCCAGUGAAAUGAAUGCAGGAAUUGUGAAAACAGAGCAAAAUUAUGAGAAGAUAAUGUUUAAGGAAGCUUUGAAAACGGGAUUUUUUGAAUUUCAGGCAGCAAAAGAUAAAUAUCGUGAGUUAGCUAUAGAAGGAAUGCACAGAGACCUGGUAUUCCAGUUUAUUGAAGUUCAGACUCUCCUCUUGACUCCAAUCUGCCCACAUAUAUGUGAACAUGUCUGGAUGCUUCUGGGAAAGCCUGACUCAAUUAUGAAAGCUGAAUGGCCACUGGCGGGUCCUGUUGAUGAAGUCUUGAUACGUUCCUCACAGUACCUUAUGGAAGUAGCUCAUGACCUGAGACUACGGCUUAAGAACUAUAUGAUGCCAGCCAAAGGAAAGAAGGUUGACAAGCAGCCACACCAGAAGCCUUCUCAUUGCACCAUUUAUGUGGCGAAGAAUUACCCACCUUGGCAACACACCACUCUGUCAGUUCUGCGUCGUCACUUUGAGGCUAAUGAAGGCAAACUUCCAGAUAAUAAGGUAAUUGCCAGUGAACUGGGCAAUUUGCCAGAGUUGAAGAAGUAUAUGAAGAAAGUGAUGCCAUUUGUUGCCAUGAUUAAGGAAAAUUUGGAGAAAACAGGCCCUCAAGUAUUGGAUUUGCAGCUGGAAUUUGAUGAGCAGGGAGUGCUUAUGGAAAACAUAGUAUAUCUAACCAAUUCCUUAGAGUUAGAUCACAUUGAAGUAAAAUUUGCUUUUGAAGCAGAUGAUAGAAUCAGAGAAGAUUGCUGUCCUGGAAAGCCCCUCACUGUUUUUAGAACAGAACCUGGUGUAUCAGUAUUUUUGGUAAAUCCCCAGCCAUCCAAUGGUCACUUCUCAACCAAAAUUGAAGUCAGACAAGGAGACAAUAGAGAUUCAUUAAUCAGGCGCUUAAUGAAGAUGGACAGAGGAAUCAAGGACCUUUCCAAAGUAAAAUUGAUGAGAUUUGAUGAUCCUGUGCUGGGACCUCGUCGGGUUCCUGUCCUGGGAAAAGAACAUGCAGAGAAGACUCCCAUUUCUGAUCAUGCUGUAUUUCAUGUGGACCUCGUGACCAAGAAAAUUCACCUCACUGAAAAUGGAUUAAGGGCAGAUAUUGGUGAUUCCAUCAUCUAUCUGGUUCAUUAAACUUCAGACAGAUUUGGCUGUCCUGGCUUCAGGGAUAUCACUAACAUGAUUAUGCAUACAAAUUGGCCUUGAGAACCUCAGACUGGACCAAAACAACUGUCACUUCUAACCAUUGAAUUUUGCAUGUAGUCUUUCAUUAAGUUAUCUUUGAAAUCUGGAUAUAAUAAAACUUUCUCCCCCUCUUUUGGAUCUUACUUGAGAACGAAUAUUGAAUGUCUCUGAAGCUUCCUAUCUUUUCAUUAUUCAUACUGAGCCAUCAAUAUGAUAUUUUUAUGAGGUGUGGUACUUUGUACUGUUUAUAAAGGUCUAGGGAGUAUCUAAUAGCUAUUAAAAAUGUAUAAAUUUUUCGAAUAAGACAGAUGUAAGUACAGAAUCAGAGGCAAAGGUUUUGGCAACUUUAGCCUGCAUACUUUCAGAUGCUUUCUCAAAACAACAAAAAAAGAGUUAGGCUGUUUGAUGUUCUUAUAAGCCUCUGAAGGAAGAAAAUCUUAUGAUAAUAUGAAGAAUAAAUAUAAAAAUCUAAAGUUAAAUAUGAUCAGGAGAUGUUUGAUAGAAAGAACUUUGCAAAAUGCCUGACAAGCAAAUGCAGACUGCAUUUUCAUUCUGUCUACACAUUUAUAACUUUAAUAAAGAUCAGAAAUUAGUGACUUUUCUCUUAGAAGAAUGUAUUCUAAUGAAACUACAAUGCUUUGUGAAAUUUCAGAGAGAAUUUUCCUAAGUAUUUAUUCAGAUUUAACAAUAGUCUCCAGCUAUUUCUUUAAUCUAGGCUGAUACUAAAUUUAAUAUUUUUAAAGGAAAUUUAACAUCAGAAAUUUUUUAAACUAAAUUUGUCUUUGAUCAAAUGAUGUUUAAAUAAAGAUAGAUGAUGAUUGUACUAUGUAGGCUUAACAUUAUCCUUGGUGGAAAGGUUUCAUAUUUCCCGUGCCUCUUUUCUUCCCAAGGGAAAUAUAAUUUUAGGUUGGAAUGUUUCCAUUUCUUCCAACUUUCAAUGAGUAUUCUAAGACAAUUAAAGAAGUGAAACGAAAACCUAGGAAUAUCUCCAGUCGCUUUCCUUUUCUCCCCACCCUUCCCCCCCAGCCCUGCCUAAACUCAUUCUUUACUAUGGAGCCAUGUACUCUUUGAUGAACUGCUUGUUUCUCAGUUUUAUAACUCUAGUUUUUUGUGCCAAGUUGAUCAUAGAAUUUUAAGACUGGAAGAGACCUUUAGCGAUAAAUGAUAUAGUUCAGACCCCGCAUUUAACUAUUAUAAAUAGGCUCUAGUCUUAACACCAAAGUAAGUCAAGAAGUAUAAUCAUUAGCUAUAUACUAUGAUUUUCUGCUUUGAAUCUCUUCAUUUUUGACUGAUAUAUAUUACUUCCCUUUGCCAGGUUCAGGCUGUAUUAUUCCAUCCUUGUUGCCUUUGCUGUACACUGAGUAAUAAUAGUUUAUAUUUACAUAGUACUUUAAAAUUUGCCAAAUAUUUAUACAAAUAUAUAUGGGUAUAUAUUUUAUCACCUUAUUUGAGCCUGAGAAAACUUUUUCAUGGAUAUUUUUAUUCCCAUUUUACCGAUGAGAAAAUGGGAGUUUCUGCAAGUUAAGGGACCUCAUAGUAACAGGGAAUAAUGAUAAUAAUAAUAACUAGCAUUUAUAUAAUACCUACUAUACGCUGGGCACUGUGCUGAGAGCUUCACAAACAUUAUCUCAUCUGGUCUUCACAAGAUGUCAAUGGCCAAGUUUUCCCUGACUUUUGGCCUAGUCCUUUUCCCCCCACAUUGCCUCAGGUAAUUCUGUUAUACAUCCAACAUCUUACCUUUAGUUUGCUAACAUUUAUUUGAAAAAUAAAUGUCUUAUUAGUGUUUUCUAAAAAA